AUGAAUUCAACCACGACUUCCGCUGCAAGUACCGCAGCGACUACUACGAGUAACAGCGGGAGUGGCUCUGGUUCUGCGACCAGCUCACCUCUUCUGUUUUUCGUGGCCCUUGGAUUCGGCGUUGUUUUCACCAAUCUAUGGAUUAUUGUCGGGGUAAAGUAUUGUUUUCGGUACAACCAACGAAAUCGGCAGUUGCGCAGUGAGGAGACUGGGGAGCCCAUUGAUCUGGUGGCGAUGCCUCGACCCCAUCGGAGACGACGAGAAAAGAGACUGAUGACGAUGGACGAAGUCAAUGCGAGAUUUCCCUUGAUGAAAUACAAAGUCUGGAGGUCGUCGCGCGCCAACCAAGGUCUCCCAACAGAAGGGGGCAUCACUGCUCCUAACAGCCGGCCGCAGAGCUUGAUCCAUGAAGGGGGGGUGGUCGCCGCACCCGAUGUUGUAGAAACAGCUGCACUUACCCCCGCCGAGGGGGAGCUUGAGGGUGGCAACCUCAGUUCUUCGCAUAGGUCCUCCCAUCCCCAGCCUGGAUCAAAUAUACAGCCCGGGGAGAAGGUCACGCAAUCUGCAACUAUUUCCCAGGGAGAAAUGGGUGCGGAAGUUACGGAAGAGAAGUGGCAGCAUAACUUGGUCAAUCAAAAUAUUGACGAAGAAGAAGAGGAAGGCGAUCAUAUCCGUAAAGCUGUCCCACUGGAGCUACUUCCGAACCCGGGGGAUUCUUGUGCGAUCUGUCUGGACAUAAUCGAGGACGACGAUGAUAUCCGUGGGUUGGCCUGCGGACAUGCUUUCCAUGCCUCGUGUGUUGAUCCUUGGUUGACUAGUCGGAGAGCUUGUUGUCCCUUGUGCAAGGCCGAUUACUAUGUCCCCAAGCCUCGCGCACACGCAAUUGAAGGAACAUUGGCAGGGGAACGACAAGGGCGUCGCACAGCAUCAAGCCGUAACGACGUCCUGCCAAGACCUCCUCGUGCAACUCAUUCCAGGAGCAAUCAGACUCCUCUUUCCCGAUUGCAGAUGGCUCUCCCUGGACGUAUAUUCCAAAAUCCACGCUCAGAACCUUACUUAGAGUCUUCACAGUCUGAAAACCGCUCAAAUCGCACUCUCCAAGACCGUGGAAUCCCGGACAAUCAAUCACGCCAGCCUUUUUGGUCACGGCUUUUUCCACGUAUGCGUCGGCAUUCUUCCAACACUCCCUCAACUCUCUCUCCUGGCGUCUUGACUGAUCGACUGUCAGCUGAGCAGUCCCGCACGCCUGGCCAACUUGAAGCCGGGCUUUGA